GAGGGGCCGGCGCCGAGGAGCGGAGCGGAGCGCGCCGGAGAGCACCGCUGGGCGAGGGCCGAUCCUACGGGCCGAGAGCAUUCCAGGACCCAUACUACUUUCGGGAGCGCAUCUGCAAAUCCCCUGGUGAGUAGGUGGUCCUCUCCUUCUCUGUGACCGCCUCCGGAGACUGCAGCAGACUGACCUGCCUGACAGCCUCGGGUGGCCUCGGCUCAAGCUGCCCUGUGCUGGCUUAUUCCACUAGAAGCAAGAUGGCUGAACUCAAUACUCAUGUGAAUGUCAAGGAAAAGAUCUACGCAGUUAGAUCAGUCGUUCCCAACAAAAGCAAUAAUGAAAUAGUUCUGGUGCUACAACAGUUUGAUUUUAACGUGGAUAAAGCUGUGCAGGCCUUUGUGGAUGGCAGUGCAGUUCAAGUUCUGAAAGAAUGGAAUCUGACAGGAAAAAGGAAGAAUAAUAAAAGAAAAAGAAGCAAAUCCAAGCAGCAUCAAGGCAACAAGGAUGCGAAGGACAAGGCUGAGAGGCCUGGAGCAGGGCCCGUGCAGCCACAGCCCCUGGUGCAGAAUGGCCUGGUGGGCAGCUGCGAGAAGGACAGCUCGUCCACAGACUCGGCCGGCGAGAAGCCCGCCCUGCCCUCUCGGGAGAAGAGGAUCUCCAUCCUGGAGGAGCCUCGCCAGGUGCCCCACGGGCUUGCAGAAGGCAGCAAGCUACUACAGCAGAGACUGUCCUUAGAUGGGAACCCCAGACCUAUCCAUGGAGCUGCAGAGAGGUCAGAUGGCCCACAGUGGGCAGCUGAGCAGCCCUGGAGCCCAGGCAAGCCCAAGGCAAAAACGUCUCCUGUUAAGCCCAGUGCCCCUGCAGCUAACCCUGAGAUAAAACCAGAUGAGCUGGCAAAGAAAAGAGGCCCAAAUAUUGAGAAAUCAGUGAAGGAUUUACAACGCUGCACUGUUUCCCUGACCAGAUACCGAGUCAUGAUCAAGGAGGAAGUGGACAGCUCCGUGAAGAAGAUCAAGGCCGCCUUUGCCGAGUUACACAACUGCAUCAUUGACAAAGAAGUUUCGUUAAUGGCAGAAAUGGACAAAGUGAAAGAAGAAGCCAUGGAAAUCCUGACUGCUCGUCAGAAGAAAGCAGAAGAACUGAAGAGACUUACUGAUCUAGCCAGUCAGAUGGCAGAGCUGCAGCUAGCCGAACUCAGGGCAGAAAUCAAGCACUUUGUCAGCGAGCGGAAAUAUGAUGAAGAGCUGGGGAAGGCGGCCCGGUUCUCCUGUGAUAUCGAACAGCUGAAGGCCCAAAUCACGCUCUGUGGAGAAAUCACUCAUCCGAAGGCCAGCUACUCUUCCCGGACCCCCUGCGGCUCCCUGCUGCCCCUGCUCAGCACCCAUGCAGCCGCCUCGGGGAGACACAGUGGCUUCACCCGGAAGUCGCCCAACAACAGCAAGGGCCCUGAGGGUAAAGCUGCCAGCCCAAAGCUGGUGGCUGGCCUUCCCAGCACCAUGGAGCCCUCUUUCCAGGCCUUGCCGGUCAUCAAGCAGAAUGGACCUUCCAGCCAAAGACGGAGAUUUAACCCCCAGUACCACAACAACAGGCUCAAUGGGCCCACAAAGUCGCAGGGCAGUGGUAAUGAAGCUGACCCCAUGGCGAAGGGCAGCACCCGACACGAGCACAGAAGACAGCCCCACAACGGCUUCCGCCCCAAAAACAAAGGUGGCACCAAAAAUCAAGAUCCUCCCCUGGGGACAAAAACCCCCGAGGCCCUGACCCAUUCUGAAAAGCUGCCUCGGCGAAGGCAGCACACUGUGGACAGCUCUGAGGCCAGGCCUUUCCGGGGCAACGUUGGCCGUGUCUCACAGUGCAACCUCUGUCCCACGAGAAUAGAAGUGUCCCCAGACGCCACGGUCCUCUCAGUCCCUGCUGUGACGCUGGUGGCCUGAGUGAGGAGAUGGAAGAGCGGUCCCGCUCAGUUUGGUUCCCUGCCCGAGGUGCUGACCCCACUGGCUGCCAAAAGAGAAAUCAGUCAGAAUAUACAGACCCCGUAUGUUGUGUAACCCUCUCGUAAUCAGUUUACUAAUUCCAGUACCCAGCUGUGCUUGCUUCAUAACUUUCAUGGCUCUGCUUGAUCUGUUGGCACUUCCUCUCCUCAAGACUGCAGCAUUUAGCCAGGCAGUAUUUACCAUUUGUUAGGAAUCCGAGAUGUGGCUGGAGACCUAGGCCGUAGUUGUGAUGUCUGUAGUGAGUUCACGUGGAAACAAACCCUCAACUGUCAGACAAACACAGUCUGCUGAGACACAUGCGUUUUUGUAGAAUUUCACAUCUGGUGUUUUUCUGGAAAAAAAAAUAUAUACAUAUAUUGCUUUAUUUGAAACAAAUUAAAAUAUGCUGCAUUUGA